CCCGCCCCGGCAGCUCAGUCAAUCCAACCUGAAGAGAAGGCGAGUCCACGGCUAAAAAUAUAAUAGCUAACACAAGAUGACCGGUUUGCCUCGUAGGAUUGUAAAGGAGACGCAGCGGUUGAUGGCGGAGCCUGUUCCGGGGAUCACGGCAAUGCCAGACGAAGCGAACGCACGCUACUUCCAUGUGAUCAUCGCGGGGCCUCAAGACUCUCCCUUUGAAGGAGGCACAUUUAAACUUGAACUAUUUCUUCCAGAAGAGUAUCCCAUGGCAGCUCCCAAAGUGCGAUUCAUCACCAAAAUCUACCACCCCAAUGUUGACAAGCUGGGAAGAAUAUGUUUAGACAUUUUGAAAGAUAAAUGGUCUCCGGCUCUGCAGAUCCGCACAGUGUUGCUAUCUAUCCAGGCGUUAUUAAGUGCUCCCAAUCCAGAUGAUCCCCUCGCAAACGAUGUUGCAGAGCAGUGGAAGAGAAACGAAAGCAUCGCCAUUGACACAGCCCGAUCAUGGACCAGGCUCUACGCCGGCAUCACCGAAGUAUAGAAGAACAGACACGAGGCUUCUGAAUGUGAUCCACAAAAUGUACUCCUAUUCUGUCAACAUUGAAAUUUAACAGACACACAAAAAAAAAAACAAAGAAAAAAAAGAUAAGUCCAAAUCUAUUUGAAAGAAAUGACAAGAUGUACGGCUGCAGACCUCUGGGUGACUUAUUUUCCUCUUUAAGACGCAUUAAGUGUAUGUUAGCCUCUUUAUUUUUUUCUGUGUUGCUAUUUAAAUGCAUGGACAGAGAACGACACCCUCCCAAACUACAGUCUUAAAAAUAACAUGUCUCGAACAAGGCGCAUACUGUUACGUUUGCAGAAUACACAUGCAUUAAAGCUCUUCUUCUUUUAACACAUGCAUCAUUUGUCAACACAUCUGCACGUCUGUCCAACACUUGGUGGACAGCCGUCUCCCACUAGCAGACGGAAGACAUGAAUACCAGUGAUGAAGUUUGCCUUUACUCUUUUUAGGGAAUGCAAAGAGUUUUUUUGGGGGGGGGAAAUGGCCCCUUGCGUUCAACAAGAAGGUUAGUGUGUCUGUGCAUACCAACACGUCACAACACUGAGUAUCUAGCUGGUGGUGCAGCUACUGUAGUUCAUCUCAGCGCUUCCACCUGAGCACAGGGGUGGAGCGAUUUUACGAAAUGUUUGUACAAUUGGACCAGGGCUCCACGCAGGAAGUGCUAACUUAUAAAACGUUCAAAAGACACUUUCUGUAACUGCAGCGCCAAUCAAGUUUUAUUGUAACGAAGCGGUUAUUAGACACUGAAAAUAAAAUAAAACACAGAGGCUCUCAGAGGGCAGGGACGAACCGUUUUCAUCCACAGACAACUGAGGGAAGUUGAACCCAACAUUUUAAAUGUAAAAUUAAUUUGAAGCCCCCCCACCCCCGAUAUCUCUACCAGUAGAUAAUACAGCCACACAGCUAACAUUCAACAGCAUGGAGUCCAUCCAGUGUGGAUUUGUGGCCCCAGCAGAUGUCAUUUUAUCUCUCCAUCCUCUUCAUCUCGGUCUUAGGUUGAUAGAAGACAGGUUAGCGUGUGAUUUAGAUGCUCGAGCCCAAUUAGAUGAGGAUUGUGUAAUUAUUAUUAAUCCAAGAUCUCAUGAUUUAAUGUCGUGUAAUGUUGCAUCAAGCGGUCUGUGGUUUCAGUGAAAGUUGGACAAUUUGGGGAGGAUGAGCCAAUUAGUUCCACAUGGUUUCACAAAAAAAAAAAGCCAUUCCCAACACAUUGAGAAAGGUAGAAAGACAACUUGUUUGUGCUGAAAAGGAUCGGUCUGCAUGUAGUGACAGACUACUGAAAUGUGUUGAAAAUGUACUUUUUUUUUUUUUCUUUUUUUUUUUAAAGGAUGUAGGCUGUUUUUAUUUUCCUUUAUUUUAACUGUCUGUCCAUGCUAUCUAUGUUGCUUGUUCUCUAUUUUAUUUCCCGUGUUACUUUAUUAAAAAGGCAUGUACCAUAACCAAACUUAUAUCAUGACGAUUCAAAUUAGUUUUCUUCCGGGUGUUUUUGAGAGUCGAGGCGUUGUUGUCUUUAAAGGGAAAGUUCAGGCCUUUUUUUUUUUUUUUUUGAAGGUGUCGUCUUUAUCAAAGUUGUCUUUCGCCAUGAUUUUCCGGAGUUGGCCUCACCUGCUUUUGCUCUUUCUAUGAUACUGAUCUGUGAUGAUUAUGCAAGUGCAUUGAAUUGAUUGGGUCAUUGUGGUGGCAAAAAAAAAUGAUAUUACAAAUAAAAAAGUAUUAAAGAUUAAA